AUGGAUUCUAACAAAUUCGAAAUUAUAUUCAAGGAAGGAAGAGGACGAUACAUGAUUGCUAAUGAAGAGCUAUCACAAGGGGAUAUUGCAUUCGUAUGGAAACCGUACGUUCUUGUUCCAUAUGUAACCUACAAAGACCAAGUGUGUGCAAAUUGUAUUCUAAUAUCGAUGAAAGCGAAACACGAGUGUCGAAACAAUUGUCAUCGUGCGUAUUACUGUUCAAGGUAUUGCGAAGAACAACACUGGAAUGAGUAUCAUCAAUAUGAAUGCUCAUUUCUGGAGAAAAUCUUUCAGCUAGAAAGGCUUGGUUACAACGAUGAGGUGGUGAAUUAUGCUCGAUUAGUCAUGCGAAUUCUAACUCGACGAUUCAAAGAUCUUUCACAAAAGUCGAAAUGUAUGUCAUUUGAUGAAGUUUGGUUAUCAUCGUCACAUGCCGAUAAGUUUUCAAAGGAAAAGGCAAAGGAAUUCGAAUGCAUCGCCAAACUGUUAACAGAAUACGUUUUAACGAAGCUUGUUUAUGAAAAAUCGAACGAUUCCAUUGAAGUAUUUCUUCCUGAUAGUGAAGACACGAAAAAGGUUCAUAUAGACGAUUUCGAUCAAUGGUUUGAUGACAGAAUUCAAUCAAAUGAACGAAACGCAACGAAAGUGUUAUUAGAAAAAGUAUUUAUUCUUGUUUGCAUCGAAGAGGUCAACGCUUUAUUUCACAUCACAUUUAAAUUGGAUGGAUACUCUGCACCGCCACAAACUUACGCCAUGGGAAUCUAUCCAUCAGCUGCAUUUGUCAAUCAUUCGUGUUCACCGAAUUUAGCACGUUUUCCUGUUCAAGAUGAUCGAAAUGAUUUUCAUGUCGGCGAUGUCGUGUAUUUCGCAACUCGUUCAAUAAAGCCAGGCGACGAAGUUUGUUACAGUUAUUUAGAAAGAGACGCGACACUUCCUGGCAAUCGACAAGAAAUGAUUCAAUGUCAACUGAAAAGAAAGGAAAAACUAAAGGAAGAGUUUUUCUUCGACUGCGAUUGUGUGCGAUGUCAAAAUGAAUCUAAUGAAAAUAGUGAUUCAUCCUAUGAAACCUUAAUUGAGCAACUAAAAUGUAAAAGAUCAGAGUGCAAAGGUUGGUUCAUUCCAGCUUUGAAUGGAAAACAAAUGAUGUGCGAAGCAUGUCAAAUGUUACGAUAG